AUGACUUCCCGUGUCACAGUUCAACAUAUGGGCCGCACUUCGGCUUAUAUUAAUCUUACUUCCUCUGAAAAACUCACUCCUCUCAACUAUCAUGUCUGGGCUACUAAGAUCCUUUUGGGUCUUCGUGCUAUGAAUAAUGGUGUCCACCUUUAUGUCGAAGCUGGUACUGUCAAUCCAGCUGCUAAUGAAUCCCUCGAAGACCUCACCGCCUCGCUUGAUACCGUCGUCCAUGAUGUCAUCCUCAACAACAUUUCUCCUGAGUUGAUCGAACAUGUUAAUGAUGUGGCCAUUAGAGGCCGUGACCUCUGGCUUUAUCUUCAUCAGGAGUAUAGUCAACUUCAACCCGCCGAUGUCAUCUCACUUAUGAAAUCCCUCUAUGCUGGCAAUAUUGAUGUUGGUCCAAAGUUUGUUUCUUCUGUUCGUUCUUAUGUUGCUACAUGGCGUUCCAUCUACCAAUCAUUGUCGCCUGAUUCGGUUGUGGCCUUCAACGCUUUGGCCUCAAUGGGUCCCAAUUGUGAGCGCUUCAUCCAGUACGCCUUGGAGCACCGCUUUGAUAGUAACAACAAUACUGACAACCUUGAUAUCAACAACUUCAUCCGGAACACUGAUAAAUGGGCCAAGUUGUUGAAGAUUACUGGACCUCCAGCUACUCUUUCGACUGAAGCGUUCGUUGCUUCAUCAAAGAAGUACAAUAACAAAUCUAAGGGUGAUGGUAUUAAAUGUUUCCGUUGUAAGAGGCGUGGUCAUACUUCCAACAAUUGUCAUGUCUCUUGGGAAGAGGUUCAGGCUGCUCGCCAAGAUAAUAAGGAUGACAAGGAAUCUAAGGAGGCUAAAACCUCAAGAGGUUGGUUUGCUGAGACUAUUGAUGAAUUUUCUGAGAUAGUUGAUGAUGAUCCAUUUGUGAGUUCCGCUUUUGUGUCCGAGACAUCUGUUGUUUCUGAAAAGUUUGGUAACAGUUGCUCCGAGUCGUUUGAUGAUUUGGAAUCCGAACUUUUUGAUUCUUCUGAGCCGUGUGUCGGCGAUGAAGAUUGUUUUGUUGGUCAAGUUUCUGAGUAUUGUUCAAACUCAGGACUUGAUAUUGAUUCAGUUGGUUCCACUGAUGAUUCUUGUUUUAAUUCUGAACCGUAUGUCGGUUCUACUGUUGUUUGUUUGGAGUCUGAACCGUGUGUCAGUUCAGCUCCUAUUUGUUUUGAUUCUGAAUCGUUGGUCGAUUCGGAUAUUGUUCCUUUUGAUUCUGAACCGUUGGUCGGUUCUUCUUUUAUUUCUUGUUCUGAUUCUAAACCGUUGGUCGGUUCUGAUGAUGAUAUUGUCUUACCUUCUUUUGAUUUUUUGGUGGAUUCAAUUACUGAACCUUCUCCACCUAAUGUUAAACCUAUUGUUACACCAAAAUCCCGUUUUUCUCCAUUCUUUUACUUAUCUUUUGUUACCAUCAUGUUGUUUUCCUUGAUUUUAAUUGUCGUCUGGCAUCCUUCUUCAAUCUUGGAUUUAAGUCAUUCAGUCCAUCACGUUUUUGUUGCUGAAUCUACUACUUCUGCUGAGGCCAACUUAGUUGUUGGGUCUGAUUCUUUUGACUUUAUCCAUGAUACCGGUGCUACCAGUCACAUUUGCAAUAACAUCUCAUAUUUUUCUUCUCUUCGUCCCACUUCGGCUACCAUUCGUGGUCUUGGUUCUGCUACUGCUGAGGGGGUUGGCGACAUUGUCGUUGAUCUUCUUGGUAAAGAUGACCAGCCUUGUGACCGCGUUGUUCUUCGAGAUGUUUUAUAUGUUCCUAAGAUUCCUCGCAAUUUAUUUGCUGCUCGUCGAGCUACUGCUGGUGGUUGUCGGUUCAUUCAAGACCUUAACCAUAUUUCUGCUGUUGAAAAUGGCAAAACUCGAGUCCACGCCAUUGCCAUGGGUGACUUGUACUUUUGUCGUUUCCGAGUUGUUUUGCCUUCCAAGCCUGUCCAUGAGGUGUUUGCUGUUGAGUCGUCUGCCAAUCUUUGGCACAAGCGACUUGGUCACGCCAGUGUGGACGUUCUCAAGAAAUUAUCUAAGUCACUUUCUGUCAAGCCUACUCAUUUUGAGGUUGUGGAUAGUCAUAAGUGUGACGCUUGUUUGGGUGGCAAAGCCACAGCAUUGCCAUUUAAUGGUACCACAGAAAAAGCUAGUCGUCCUUUGGAGUUAUUUGUUUCUGAUUUAAGCGGUCCUCAUGUCGCUACCCCUGUGGGUCAUCGUUAUGUCUUAACCAUUAUGGAUUAUUAUUCCAGGUACUCUUAUGUGGAGUUGUUGGUUAGGAAAAGUGAUGCAAGUCUUGCCAUUCGUAACUUUAUUGCUAGGUGUGAAUCUUAUUUUUCUGGUGAUUCUGCUGGUGAUCGAGUUGCAUAUUUUCAUUCUGAUAAUGGCGGCGAAUACAUUUCCAAAGACCUGGAGCAGUUCUUUGUGUCUAAGGGUAUCAAGCAUACUUAUACAGUUCCUCAUACUCCUCAGCAAAAUGGUGUUGCUGAGCGAUUGAAUCGCACAUUAUUUGAAAAGCCAAGUCUAUGCUUUUAUAUGCUCAUGCUCCUGACUUAUCGAGUUCUUCUUGAUUCAAGCAUUGUUGAAGCCAGGAGUGUUUACUUUGAUGAGUCCAAGUUUCCAUUUAUGAAAAGUGAUAAGGACUUGUCUAUUAAUGGUACUGGUGUUGGGUUUAGUGUUGGGUCUAGUAUUGGUUCUGGUUCAGGGUCCAUGUCAGGACCUUGUUUUGAUUCUAAGGGGACUGGUUUAGGAUCUAAUGUUAGGGUUAAUUCUAUUGCUAGUUCUGAUUCAAGUUCUGGUUCUAGUUUUGGGUCUCAUAGAUCUUUACCAGCAUCCUCAUCUGGUUCUGGUUCUGGUUCUAUUUGUGCUUUACCGUCUCCGUCUUCUUCUCCGUCUCAUUCUCCGUCGCUUUCUUCUUCUUCUUCUUCUAUUAUCGUUCAUAAGCCUCGUUCUGUUCGUCGCAUUUUGUCUACACCUUCUGCUCCUCUUGAGUCUCCUACUCUUCCUUCUAUUCCUUCUGUUCCAUCUCUUCCUAGUUCUCCUAUUCUUCCACCUUCAGAUCAUGAUGUCUCUAUAUCUUCUGACUCUAGUCCUAUUGUUUCUUCUUCGGAAUAUAUUCCUUCACAAUUAGACUUAUCUGAAGCUGGUCCAUCUAUUAAUGAAUCUGAUAUUUCUGGUGAUUCUGGGAUCUCGCAACGAGGGGGUGAUAUUGGGUUUCAACCGUCUAUCAUUGCUUCGUCUCCCAUUCCACCACCUUCUGUUGAAUUGGAAGUAGUGCCACUUAGUCAAGAAUCUCCUUCGCCUGAUCUUGUUAAUUCUCUUGACCAAGCUGGUGUUAGUGUUGUCACUAAGGAUGAUACUCAAGCUGUUUUGCCUAAAUCUCGAUCUCGUGUUGUUGCUGUUCGUUUACCUUCUAUAACUCCUGCCAAACGCCCGAGUUCUGAUGACAUUGUUUCACCUCCUUCUAAACACCUUUGUGAAAAUUCUUUGAAACAAUCUCCAGUGUCUGCAACACCUGCAAAACGUCCAGCUGAAGAAGAGUGUAUUUCUUAUCGUCGUCUCAAAUCUCUCCGCUUUGAUGAAGAAGCUGAGUUUUGGCUUGAAGCCUGUGUUAUUGAAAUGUCGUCUCUUAAACGCAAUGGUACUUGGGAAUUGGUUGAUCUCCCACCUGGUCGCAAGGCUAUCAAUAGCAAAUGGGUGUUUAAAGUUAAGCGCAAAGCUGACGGUUCAAUUGAACGUUACAAAGCUCGUCUCGUGUGUAUUGGAUUUUCGCAAGUUGAAGGUAUUGAUUAUACUGAAACUUUUGCUCCCGUUGUUCGUUACGAGACUGUGAGGAUUGUUCUUGCUAUUGCUGCUCAGUUUGGGUUCCAGGUUCAUCAUAUGGAUGUCGAGACUGCAUUUCUUAAUGGUGAUCUCAAAGAAGAUAUUUAUAUGAGACAACCUAAAGGCUUUGUUGUCAAAGGUCAGGAAUCUAAAGUGUGUCAUUUGAAGAAGUCUUUAUAUGGUUUAAAGCAAGCUCCUUUGUGUUGGAAUGAGAAGAUUCAUGGUGCUCUUGUCAAACUUGGGUUUAUUCGUAAUGAAAGUGACUACGGUGUGUAUACCAAAGGAUCUGGGUCUACCAUGGUUAUUAUUGCACUGUAUGUUGAUGAUUUACUUAUUUCUGGCAAUUCUUCUGAGGUCAUUGCCAAAACCAAGUCUUCUUUGUCAUCUAUGUUUAAGAUGAAAGACUUGGGCCCAGUCGAGCAGUUCCUUGGCAUGAGAGUUAAGCAGUCACCGUACCAUAUUACUGUGGAUGUUUCACGUUAUAUUUUUGAUAUGUUGGAAGAGUUUGGUAUGCAGAACUGUUCAAGUGUCAAGACUCCUUUACCCACUCGUGAUCUUUCUGAUUUUUCCGAGUCUGACUCUGCUACCGAUGCCUCCAUGUAUCGCAGUAUUAUUGGUAAGCUGAUUUAUGCUGCUAAUUGUGCUCGUCCUGAUCUUGCUGUUGCUGUUAGCUUUCUUUGUCGAUAUAUGCAGAGUCCGAAGUCUAUUCAUAUGGAAGCUGCUAAGCAUACUCUUCGUUAUCUUAAGGGUACUGCUGAACUUGGUCUUGAAUAUCGAGCUCAGAAAGUCUACAAGCUUGUUGGCUAUAGUGAUGCCGAUUAUGCACAGGACAAACAGGACCGUAAGUCCUUUACUGGGUAUGUUUUUAUUCUGUCUGGUGGUCCCAUUACUUGGGCUUGUCGAAAGCAAGUUAGUCCUGCAUCGUCCAGCGUCGAGUCUGAGUAUAUGUCAUUGUCUGAUGCGUCUAAGGAAUGCUUCUGGAUUAAUCAGUUGUUGUCCCUUUGCAAGAUUCCUGUUCCGUUGCCAGUGACUAUGUUUGAGGACAAUCAGGGAUGUAUUGCAUUGGCUCAGAACCCAGUGUUUCAUCGUCGCACCAAGCAUAUUGAUGUUCGUUAUCAUGUUGUGCGUCACUAUAUUCGCAGUGGAGUGAUUCAUCUGGAGUAUCUUGAUACUCAAGUGAUGUUGGCAGAUAUGUUCACUAAGAAUCUUGGUCGUGUGAAGUUUGAGACAUUGAGGGGACUACUUGGUAUGAAGGCAGUAGGUGAUUCUGCGACAAGGGGAGGUGUUGAGCAUGCAAUGUUGUCGCAGACUAGUGCAGUUGAUAAUGCACGUGAGUUUGGGUGGGAAACUAUGGUUGACAAUCUAUGUUUAUUUUAG